GUGAAGAAGGUGCAAAGAGGUUGGCUUGUUUGGCAAUUGGCCCCGCUCGCUUGUUGGGUACCAUAUUCCCGUUUCAUGGUAGUCGAUCCAAGAUUAAAGAGUGGAGUCAGAGAAGCAAAGGGGGUUUUGGUCUAACAGAGCACAAAGCAGGACUGCUUUCAAUUUUAUUUCGAUCACAAUUCUCCGAGGAUCUACCACCGUUUGGUUUUUCUUUCUUCUUCUUUUUUCUUCUAUUAUAUUCAAUUUUGAUUGUUGCAGGUAACCCAGAUGGGAAAAUCCUCUUCUCAUAAGAAAAAACGAUCAAGGAAGAUUUCCUCUCAGGGUCGAACUAAGAAGAAAACUAAGAGUAGGAGCAGGAGAUAUAAUAAAUCCAAGAAGAUUCGCUACCAUGACGAUUCUCUUUCUCAUUCAAGUGAUGAUGAUUCAAGGAGUUUCAUGUCAGUGUCAUGUUCUGGUUCUGAGGAUGACUAUAGAAGUAGAAGGGCUCGAUCUCAUACUCGGAAAGAUCUGAAAGGCAGUAAGAAGAAGGAUCGUAGGCGCUCUUUUAGCCGUGAAAGAAGUGAGGAGUCUCGUCGUGUGAGGAAGAAAAUCGGGUCAAAGAGGAAGGGUGGUUCCGAUUUGGGGACAAAGACCCACAAGAAGAAGAGGAAGCCUAGUAGAGAAGUUAGUGUAAGUUCUAUUGGUAGUGAUUCGUGCAGCUGUGACGCUCGUCAGGUUGGGAGUACUAGCAGUCAUGAGAGAGAGUUUGAGAGGCCUAGCCAUAAGGGCAGGUAUGAUGGAAAAGAGAGAAGAAAAGGGAAAUCGGAGAAGGUUAGAAGUGGAAGCAAAAGGAGUCGAUAUAGGUCAAGGAGUUGUUCUUCAUGCACUCGGAGUAGUGAGGGUGAUGAAUAUUGGAGUGAGGUGAAAAAGGCAGGUGAGAACAAUGUGAAGCGGCUGAGAUCUGUUAUUACGGUUAUUGAAGAGGAGGGAAGAUUUUCAGACAAUGAUGAGCAUAAAGAAGAGAUUGUAUAUGAUAAUGAUGAUUACCCUUCUUGCAGAAGCAAUGAUAGUAAUGAUGGGGGGCAUAAAAGGGAAUUAGAUCAUCGGUCAAAUGUUGCAUCUGAUAAUAACAUGAUGGCGGUGAAUGAGAAAAAAGGAGAAGAACCUGUUGUUUCGAACAUCAGAACCACUGACCUCACAGAAAGCUUCAAGGAUGUUGAGGGCCAACGCAGUGGGACUAAUCCUAGCAGCUGUAUGGUCGGGACAAAUGACUUUGUAAAAGGAAAAGUGACUGAGGGUUCUGGUAGUUUGAAUGGUGAGGAUUUGGAGUCAACUUUAAGACAAAGGGCUUUGGAAAACUUAAAAAGAUUUCGAGGAGGUUUCCAACCAAAUGCAAAUAUUCGUACUGGUAAGAAAGAUGAUAGUUGUGGAGACAUGAAGCAAUCAUCAACUGUUAAAUCUGAAAUAGUUCAAAUUAAACUUCCCAAAGAGGAUGGUGUUAAAACUGUUGGUGGUGCCAAGUCCUGGAAAGGGGAUGGUUCCAAAUCAGUUGGUGCAACCCAAGAACUAAAAGAGAUCAGUGUGCCUGUUCUGAGGAGCAAUUCUAACAGUUACUCACAAAAGAACGAAAAUACUUCAUCUGGGACGGAGGGUGACCACCAAUCUGUGACUGCCAAGCAGGAAAUUGCUUGUGUACCGGAUCCAAUGGCUGUUGCUGGUCAGCCCAGUGAAAAGCUUAAUUCAGCUGUUGUUUCUGAAAUUAACAUACCAAAGUUGGCUACUCCAGCAUUGAGGCAUAAUUCUUUUAAGAAUCACAAUACGCUGAAGGAAAGGUCUGCCUUAGAUGAGCCUCGUCAAACAAAUUUGUUGGUGACUAAGAGUGCUUCGGUUGAGUGUGCCCCUGAAACUGCUCAAAGUAUGACCCCAACUAGCAAUAAUAAUAAUAAUGAAGAUGUUAAAAAUGCAUGUGGUCCUGCUGCUCCCGAGUGUUCUUCUUGCAUCAAGUCUACAUUAGCCGUGGACGGUUCAAAUAAAUCACAAGAUGAGACUACAGACGGCUCACAGUUUGAGCAGAAGACAAUGACUGUGAUGCGAGGUGGUGAAAUGGUGCAGGUGAGCUACAAGGUCUACAUACCUAAAAAAGCCCCUGCUUUCACUAGAAGGCAACUUAAGCGCUGAUGUUAGCACCUGCAAUAAGGGGUACUUUUCUGAGGACUUUCAUGGCCUCAGACGACGGUCAUAUGUCAAAGGAGGCAUGUCCUGAUAAAUCAGAAGGUAUAAGAAACUCCUGCCGGAGUGGCUCGUGAUUUUCUGUUAUGUUUUGUUUUUACAGCAUCUGUAGCCUUAGUAAGCAGAAUAAAUUCUUCGCAAAGUAUUCAUUUUAUAGCUAUUGUAAUAAUGAAUGACCCUAUCUCAGUUUAGUUUUUGUUUCGGUUCUUUCGGAA